AUUUCUUAUCCGUACGAGGUGCGCACAAAAAAAAAGUUGCACCACAGUUCAUCGGAGUACUAAGUUAAAGACGAGUCAACGAUGAAGCUGCUUCGACUGUUCCUUACAGUUCUUAUUAUCUGCUCCAUGGCGGCGGGAGCAAAGCCUAAAAACCGGGAGCGCCGCUCCCAAAGGCGCCGUCCGGCAAAACACCAGCCGGUGAUGAUCCCCACGACCACGGAACCCACCACGCUGGCCAAGACGACCGCCGAGAUGCAGCCCGAUGAGGCCCUAUUGAAGCACAAGCCGCAGUUUACCAUCAACGGUCCGGUACCGGACGCCCCCAGAUCUCCGGAGAACCGGGGCGUGGGGCCAACGUCCCGGCGGCAGCCGGGACCGGAGAAUAGCCGGAACCGCGGCGCACCGGUACCGGGCACCAGGAGUUUGGGCUCGAACCGGCUGAGUAGCGAGCAGCAACUCAUCCUCCUGGAGGCCCACAAUGAUUUCCGUGGACAAGUCAGGCCAACCGCAGCAAACAUGGUGGCACUUCAAUGGGACGACGAGCUAGCGGACCUGGCCCAGACGUGGGCGGACCAGUGCGUGUUCAUGCACGGGGGAACGACCGGCGGUCGAUUCGGCUGGGUGGGCCAGAACCUGUGGGCGGGAAGCGGUACCGGCUGGGACCUUUAUGGUAUGAUCGAGAGCUGGUUCAACGAGGAACAGUAUUACACGUACUCCAAUGGCAACUGCAAUGGCGUCUGUGGACACUACACACAGGUUGUUUGGGCCCAGUCAAAGUUUGUGGGAUGCGCGCUCCGAACCUGCCCGUCCAUCCAGGGUCUCAAUGGCUGGUCCCCAGCGUCCAUAUUAGUCUGCAACUACGGCGAAGGCGGGAACUUCAUCGGCAGGAAGCCAUACAUCAGCGGUUCUCCUUGCAGCCGGUGCCCGGCAGGGUAUACAUCUUGCAUCGACGGAGAAUUAUGCGCAUUACCAGAGCAAGUGCCUACCAAUGGAGGAAACGAUGAGACUGAAACAUCGCCCGAAAUACCCAACCAACCCGACGUCGGAGCCGGGCCAAUCGGGCCUGGAGUUGGAGGUAACCCCGGGAGCGGUACGGACGGUUCCAACCAACCAGCCUCUUGCGGCGGAACUUUGAGGGCCUUUUCUGGAGAAAUAACAUCGCCCAACUGGCCGACUCCGUAUGGAAGUAAUAGCCAUUGCGAAUGGUUGAUUCAGGGUAAGAGUGACCAGACGGUGACACUUCAGGUGACAUACAUGGACAUAGAGGCAGAGAGACGUUGCAGCUGGGACUACCUCCAACUCAAGCCCAACGGCCCGUCGGGCCUCAGCACAAAGCACUGUGGUAACGUGAAUCCAACGGCGGUGACGUCGCAAGGUAACGAAAUGAGAGUGGUCUUCCAUAGCGACGACAGCGUCAACAAGGGAGGUUUCACAGCGUCCUAUCGGCUGAAUGGUGGAGAACAGGAGGAGAAUACCGUCCCCGUUUGCGGCGGUGAAAUCAAUGGCAAGAAAGGCAACAUCAGGACUCCGAAUUAUCCCAAGACCUAUGGAGAGAAUCUGGACUGCCUGUGGACUAUACAGGUGGCCGACAAUAAAAGGAUUCGACUGACUUUCCAGGUCUUCGAAGUCGAAGAAAAUGCCAACUGCGACUUCGACAGAGUAACUAUCCGUAUUGGCAACGAGCGAGUUCCUAUGGUCUUUUGCGGGAAUGAGAAACCGAAUGGGAACAUCAUAUCGCUUAGCAACCGCAUGGAGAUCCGCUUCACAACGGACGGGUCCAACCACCGAAAGGGCUUUUCCGCAUCCUGGAGGGCCAUCUGAUCAAACUCUGACCACAUAUCGUAUAACUGUGACCCAGAAUAUCUUAGAAAUUAAUUGGUUAAUAUCAUACACCAGGAUCAGAAUUGAUAACAUUUUGGUUAAUACAGAGAGAAUGUAAGGAUAGUUUGAUUUCAAAGCCGGUAUGAAUACAUGUGUAUACAUGUAUAUACAUGUACUGUAUUUAUGCAUAUGAUGUACAUGUAUUUAAUGGGUUUCUCCUUGCUUAUCCCUGUAAUAUCAACAUAUUACAAUUUCCUACCUGUUACUGUUACCCGAUUUUCCCCGUACCGUCGCAAAAUGGUAUUGAAAAGCUGUUAAGUGAGAUGAAAAUUCUUGUAAAUGUCAAAGUUUUUUUUUCAAGGUGUCUCCCAAAGAACGGUUAUUUUAUUUAGUGAAAAAAGGCCCGGUAUGACAAUUGUUAAUUGUUAAAAAAAUUCCUCCAUUCAAAAUUAUGUCGCAUUUCCGCAUUAAAAUGUUCACAUCGAGAAAUUUAAUAAAAAGUUGUAUUUUUUAU